CGCGGAGCAGCAGGAGCCGGGAGUGCAGGGCCAUCCGGCAGGCAGGGGCGGAAUCGGCGGACGCCGCGGGGCCCAGGACCCCGGCCGAUCUCGCCCCGCCCGCUCCCCGCCCGGCAGCUGGCAGUCUCACCCGGGAUUGUGGCUAGCCUCACCGCCCCGCGCUCCCCUCCGCUAUUAGCUGCGGCCCCUGCAGGGAAAGCGAAACAAAAGCCGGCUGUCCGGGCCCCGCCUCUGCCCGUGUUGCAGCCCAGGCGCACUUGCCAGCCGCUGAGCCGGGAGCUGCCUGAACACUCCGAGCCUCAGGGUCCUGCACAACGGAGUCUUGUUGCUGCUGGUGCUGGGUAGCUCGCCUGCACCGCCCGGCCUGGGAGCCGUCUGAGGCAUGGGGAGGUGCUGCUACUACGUAGUGGGGACCCUGUCCCUGCUCCUGCUGGUCACUAGCGUCACGCUGCUGGUGGCCCGAGUCUUCCAGAAGGCCGUGGACCAGACGAUAGAGAAGGAUAUUGUGUUAAAGAAUGGUACUGAGACCUUUGACUCCUGGAUGAAGCCCCCCCUGCCUGUGUAUUCCCAGUUCUAUUUCUUCAAUGUCACCAACCCAGAGGAGAUCCUCAAAGGGGAGAUCCCUCGGUUAGAAGAAGUGGGACCAUACACCUACAGGGAACUCAGAAACAAAGGAGAUAUUCAGUUUGGAGGCAAUGGAACAACAAUAACUGCUGUUAGCAAUAAGGCCUAUGUUUUGGAACGAAAUCUAUCAGUUGGAGACCCUAAUGUUGACUUAAUUAGAACACUAAAUAUUCCUGCUGUGACUGCUAUGGAAUGGUCCCAAGUCCACAUCCUCUGGGAGAUCAUUGAGGCGCUAUUGAAGGCCUAUCAGCAGAAGCUGUUUGUGACACAUACUGUCCAUGAGUUGCUCUGGGGCUACAAGGAUGAGAUCUUGACCUUCAUCAAUAUCUUCAAGCCUGAUAUAGCUCCCUAUUUUGGCCUGUUCUAUGGGAGAAAUGGGACAAAUGAUGGAGACUAUGUUUUUCUAACUGGUGAAGACAAUUAUCUUGACUUUACAAGGAUUAUACAAUGGAAUGGAAAAACGUCACUAGACUGGUGGGCAACAGAGGAGUGCAACAUGAUUAAUGGAACAGAUGGAGAUUCUUUUCAUCCACUAGUAACCAAAGACGAAGUCCUUUAUGUCUUCCCAUCUGACUUUUGCAGGUCAUUGUACUUAACAUUCAGUAGUUUUGAAAGUGUACAAGGACUGCCUGCCUUACGAUUUAAGGUACCUGCAGAAAUAUUAGCUAAUACCUCUGACAACGCUGGCUUCUGUAUACCUAAAGGAAACUGCCUAGGCACAGGAGUUUUGAAUAUCAGUGUCUGCAAGAAUGGUGCUCCUAUUAUUCUAUCUUUCCCACACUUCUACCAAGCAGAUGAGAAGUUUAUUUCUGCCAUAGAAGGCAUGCAUCCAAAUAAGGAAUAUCAUGAGACAUUUGUGGACAUUAAUCCAUUGACUGGAAUUAUACUAAGAGGAGCCAAGAGGAUUCAGAUCAAUGUUUAUGUCAAAAAGUUAGACGACUUUACUGAAACAGGAAACAUUAGAGAAAUGGUUUUUCCAGUGAUGCAUGUCAAUGAGAGUGUUCUCAUUGAUGCAGAGACUGCAAGUCGACUGAAGUCUGUGAUUAAUACCACUCUCAUCAUCACCAACAUACCCUACAUUGUUAUGGCACUGGGUGUAUUCUUUGGUUUGGUCUUCACCUGGCUUGCAUGCAAGGGACAGGCAUCCAUGGAUGAGGGGACAGCAGAUGAAAGAGCACCUCUGAUACGAACCUAAUUGUGGCCUAAGCUUGGUAAAGGAACUGCGUGAGCUGUCCUGCCCUGGACCACAGUGUGGAGAAACCAUGUGUCCUCACAGGCUUGUUGCCUGAUAUCAAAAGAAGAGAGACCAGUGAUGGCGAGUGAUGAGAUAGCAACAUGGCCAGAGGUUAGAAGAUCAGACUGACAUGGUUGGUCCUUAGCCCUUAUCAAAUCCCAUGACCCCUGACAAAUAGUUUGUUUUUUUUUUCAUGUGUCUAGCAUAUAUUUAAUAAUAAAAUCCUGUAAUUUUUGUGUGUGUGUGUGUGUUGGGUACUGGAAGCUCCAGAAUUUUGUGAUCACUGUUGUAGUUAUAAUGGCUCUGUAUCACUUGCUAAUGUAACUUAUUCUGUAUGUUUCAUUCACCAAACUUAGUGUGACAAAUAUAUUCGUAAUAUUUUAUGUUGCAUGCCUCCACCCAUUUCACCCCCUAAGCAUAAGUAAACAAGAGUUCAGAACCCAGGGUAAAA